AUGCAGUUGUGCAAAAAGGACACGCUCAAAGAUUGGCUGAAUGCUCACGUUGAAGACCGGGACGAGUUGCUGAUGAUUCGGUGGUUUUCGCAGAUCGUUUCGGCCGUCAAAUACGUGCACGAUUGUGGCAUUAUCCAUCGCGAUUUAAAGGUUAGUUCAUAG